GAUAAUCCGGGGACGGAGAAAAAAAAUUGAAUACGGGAAAUGGCGGGAAGUUCCGACGAAUAAAUCCCAGUGAUCGAUUAGAAUUAGAUCACUCAUCAGUCAUCACUGGAGAGUCGUUUCAUUUGUGUGAUAGCGACCCCUUCAAAUGGCAAAGAAGAAGAAAACUAGGGUAUCCCAGGAUGGAGAGGAUCAGGGGAUUCAAGAGGAUCUCACCCAAUCUCCCAACAAAGAAAAGAGCUUGUAUGAGAUUCUUGGCGUGGAGAGAACUGCGUCACAUCAAGAAAUAAAGAAAUCGUACUAUAAACUGGCAUUGCGUUUGCAUCCAGAUAAGAAUCCUGGAGAUGAGGAAGCCAAAGAGAAAUUUCAACAAUUGCAGAAGGUGAUAUCCAUUCUUGGGGAUGAAGAGAAAAGGGCCUUAUAUGAUCAGACUGGUUGUGUUGACGAUGUUGACCUUGUAGGUGAAGUUACUCAAAAUUUGCACGACUAUUUCAGGACAGUGUACAAAAAGGUUACCGAAGCAGAUAUUGAAGAGUUUGAAGCAAACUACAGAGGGUCUGAAUCCGAGAAGAAGGAUUUGAAGGAUCUAUACCAGAAGUUCAAGGGCAAUAUGGACGGGCUCUUCUGUUCAAUGCUCUGUUCGGAUCCCAAGCUGGAUUCACAUAGGUUCAAGGAUAUCCUUGAUGAGGCCAUGGCUGCUGGAGAGCUUAAAGCAACCAAAGCCUACCAGAAGUGGUCUAAGCAAGUAUCUGAAACAGAACCACCUAGUGAUCCUCUAAAACGAAGGAAAAAACCAAAUGAACAGCCAGAAUCAAGUCUACUAGCAGUUAUUUCUCAAAGACGAAGCCAGAGGAAGGAACAAUUUGAUUCCAUGUUUUCAUCGCUGUUGGCAAAAUAUGGUGACAGCACAUUACAUUCCGAGCCCACUGAUGAAGAAUUUGAAGCUGCAAGGAAAAAGGUUGAAAGCCGGAGACAAACUAAAAAUGCAAAACACAAGUAAACAAUUGGCAGCAGGCUCAGAAAUUUUGCGUUUCAAAAGGAAUCUGUAAAUCAUGGCUCUUGUGGAUAGAACUCUUUGUGUGAAGUCCUAAAAUUUGUUUAUUUUGCCAUCUGACAGCAUGGCACCAAGGUUCAUAAUAUCGAUACACCCAAUAUGAUGGUAUGGGUGUAUCGGGUGAAUUGAUACUGUUUUUUUUUUUUCUGAAACUGGUUCAGGGGAGAUGGUUUAGGGCUCCUCUAUCCCCUGAACCGGUCAGA